CAUAGCAGUUCUUCAGCGCCUCCGUCGGAUGAGAGGAUCAAUUCUGUAGCACAGCGCCGUUACAAUUUGCAAUGGCUGCAGCUUUGUCCCGUGCUCUCAAAUUGCCUGGGAAGAAGGGCUCGGAGCUUGGAGAGUAUGACCCCCUCACUCAGGCCGACAGUGAGGACGAGAGCGAGGAGGACGACCUGGUCCUCAACUAUCCCCGCAAUGGCCUGGGGAGGGGCAACUGCAUGGGUACAGGUACCUCAGAGCUGAGAGGGAGCAGAACAGGGAGGCUCGUAGGGGAUGAAGAGGAGGCAGAGGAGGAAGAGGAGGCUGACGAUGAGUGGAGAGAACGGCUCCCUGGAAAAAAGAGGCAGGAGAGAGAGGAGAAGGGCAUGCAGUACUGGAGCCAGAGGGAGACAAACAGGGAUGAGGGAGUAGAUGAUGGAGGGGGGCUUGGGGCCUCUGGUGGCCCUGGAUUGGGUGCCAGUGCUGACCCGGACGGGAAAAGGGCUAAGGUGAGGGGAGCCAUCCGGGCAGCGUUUUUCCUGGUGCCUCUGGUCUGUGCCAUGCUGGUGGUGCUGCUGUGUGCCUUUCUGGUGCCUUGUCAGCAUGGGGAACUGGACAAACGGCCACAGUGGGAGAAAGAGCUGGGUGAUCAUGUGGGAGGUGUUACCCCACCUCCUCUUGCACUGUGGGAUGUUGACAAUGACUCAGUUGAGGAUGUGCUAAUAGGAGUCACUCAAAAGAGCAACAAUACCCAUCUCUCCCGUUCUGUGGGGAACAACAAAGAGUACAGUGUGGUGGCCCUAUCUGCAUUCAGUGGUGAGGUGCUUUGGAGGAGGGUCCUCAGGGAUCCUGUGGAGUCCAUCCAGUGUGGGCUGCAGUACGAAGCACACCCAUCACCACUGCCAGCAGGGGGCGCUGCCCUCAGAGCACUCCCCAACAGCGCCAUUCCCCUAUCUGCCCAGAGAGACAGAGCUAGCGGCCCCGUGUGUCUGCUCAUUGAGUCUGCACACCUCACUGCUGUCAACGGCACCACAGGGAAGAAGCUGUGGUCAGUAGCCCCAGGGGAGAUCCAGUCCCAGGCAGUUUCUCUGCCAGAUCUCCAAGGUGACUCUGUUCCUGACUUGCUGAUUGCCACUUUACCUGCUGACCAGGUAUCUGACCUCUCACUGCUCCUGCUGUCUGGGCUGACUGGAGCUCUGCUUGGACAUCCCGUGACCUUUAACCUCACAACCUUUAAUGUCUCUGGAAAGCUGAUUGGUCCCCUGUUUCAUGAGACACAGCUGGGGGCAUAUUACAUUUUAUUUGGACUAGGCACUGUAGAGGCUGUAUCCCUGGGAGAUAUUUACACUCGGGCUACUGGAAAAACACCCAUAUCCCCUGGUCUGAGACUGAAGGACCCCGGCUGGGAGAAGCUUAGGAAAACCAACUCCUCCCUCAUACACAUCUCCAGUGGAACUGAGCAAGUGGAGUUCUUGGUCCCCCUAGUGGCUGGCUUGUGUAACAACCACAACAGCCUGGACUCCAUCUCCAACCUCAACUCCAGCCGCAGUGACUGGGUGCUGGUGUGUGGCAAGCUCUCCAGCAAGCUCUCUGUGCUGAGAGAGAAGGACGCACACACCGAGUGGACUCUUACCUCCUCAGCCAUACACAGUCGUCCAGCACCAGGCCAAUUCAACGAUGAUGGAAUCCCAGAUCUCCUCAUACAGAAGUCUGGCGCCCCUAGAAUGAGAAAAGUUCAGGUGGUUGAUGGAGCCAGUGGGCUUAGUCUGUGGGAGACAGAGUUUAUUUGUCCACGCCUUGACCUGGAAGGUACCUCAAUCAUGACAUCUGGUCAAUCAGCUUUCCUUUUCUGGGCCGGUGACCCUGUCAGACCACCAAAGAACCUCACCAAGACAACUGUGGCACCAGGGGCGGUUCAAGCCAUGCCAGUCAUCCGAAAGCUCUACAUGUUACAUCCUGCAUAUCCCACAAUCCUCCUGGAGCUCGCCAGCACCACAGACACCAUUCUUACUGCUGCAGUAAGUUACCAAGAGCCGCAGAAGGAUGCCUCCUACAUUACUGUGUCCUCCCGGCCUACCUCUGGCCUGGGGCCUGGGUCUCGGGUGGUGAAGAGCACGAGCCUCAGGGCAGCAAUCACUGCUGGACAGAUUGUGAGGCUGGGAGAGAGCAGCACCGCAGGGGUACCAGUCAGACCUGGAGUAUUUGAGAUAAACAAGUUCUUCAGGCGUCUCACCUUCAAAAACCAUUAGGUAAAAAGUUGAGGGAACAGUAAGUAUGUCCAGAAUAUGCUUUAUAUGACAUGAUGUUUGUGGUGUCUGUGUAGUUAGUUUCGGAUGACGGAACACACCGUUUUGUUUUCCUGUGUAGACAGGAGUUAUCAUUUGCUGGUUCUACAUGAUCUGAGGGAAACCACUGGCGGGAUCAAACCUGUGGAAACACCAAGUGAAGGAGAUUUAUCUCAAGCUGUUUACAUUUCCACUUUUGUCCAAAGUACGAUUUUAAUUUCUAUUAUUACUCAUCUCACUUUCUGACAAAUAUUUAUUUUGCUGUAUUUGUAUUAUAUGUGUAUAUAUUAUGAGUUGACUUAUUUAUUUAUGACCAGUCCUUUUUAUUUAAUAUUGAAUUUAAUAUAUCAUUGACUAUUUACCUUGUUUGGGGUGAAUGGAAAUCAAAAUAUGUAAGUAAGUACAUAGAAGAAACUUCUGGAGAUCAACUACAGUGAUUUGAAAGGUAGGGGUGUAGGUGUAUGGUGUCCAUUGGCACCUCACUCGUUUAGUAUAUUUUUAAUCUACAGAAUGAGAGGCAAUUACCCAGUUCAUUCCUCCAAAUACAUUCAUUCCCCUCUCAUAUGCACUUUUUUGAAUUAGGUAAUUGAGGUCUGUGUUCAAGCAGAAUUACCCAGUUAUGUAAAGGGGGCCUGUACAUAUUUUGGCUGUGGGGUAUGUUGAGCCAUUGUUUUACAUUCAGCAUCACUACAUCAAGAGAAAUACUGUAUUCGUUCCAACAUUGAUAUCUACAUAUAUUUCAGGAUGUUGUGUAUCCCUGAAAAUAAUCAGAAUUCAUGUAAACAUUUAAGUUUUGAAAACAGCUCAUAAAGAAUAAAAUGGCUUCUUGGCACAAUUUACCCUGGGUAUGCAUAGGGACAGGGUAGGUUGAGCUGCCUUGGGGUUAGUGGGUGCUGGUGCUGGUAGGUCAAAGUUUCAUUCAUGGAAUGGGGGUGUGGUAUUUUGUGUAUCUGAAAUGUAUGUCUACAAUCAGAUAUAGAUCAGUCUAUUCAAUAUCAUUAACACUUCCAUUUCAUGACCAGUUGUCAGGGACAGGGAUGUCGUUUCGAUGUGCCAAUUCAUAGGCAAGUUCUCUGCAUGAGGCUACAUAGCCCAUAAAUGCAAAAAAUAUAUCAAUAAUUGUGUACUAAGCCCACGAAACUGGUCUGCGAGAUUCUUGAUAUGUUUUGCAAGCUCAGACUGACAUCAGAUAAGACCUGGUGUGCCUCUGCUACUUGGUCACAUGAUUAAUGUUGUUGUAUGGUUUCUUAGAAACAAGGGGUGGAUAAUCUAACCUUAUGGCUCAAUAUACCCCACUCUCCCCUACAGUAUUCAUUGAUAAGCUACUUACUGAAAGGUUUACAUUUCUUUAAUCAAUAACUAUUGUAGUGAUGAUACAUUAUUACCGAGUGCCAUGUGUGGUAACUGUGCAUCUUAUUGCCAUUGGUACUUGUAAAUAUUAAUAUUGCUGAAAUACUAGAAAACAUUUACAGAUCACAUGAAUAAAUAAAUGUACUGCUGCAAUUCUUGCUGCUACAAAUGUAGUGUUUUGUAUUACAACUGUACUACGGAUUCAGCUCCGUUCGCAAUAAAUUAUCAUAAAAACACUGUUUGUUAAUUAAUCAUGAGAAAUAUUCGAGUAAAAGGAGGGCGCAGGCUCAGGGGCGGUGCUUGGGUGCAUCCAAAAAUGAUCUCCGCAUUGCUACGAGCGUCAAAGGCGUGGAAGAUGGCGUCGUUCUUGGUUCGUCAGGCCGGACUCUCGGUGUUGAAAAACAGUGUACCAACAUUUUCUGGGUUUUAUGCUAAUGGCUUCGGAGAGGCACUAUCUCAGUACCGAACAGUUGUGUACUCAGCAUCAGGUGGUAUUUUGCCAAAACCCAAGAAGACCUCAUUUGGCCUUUUCCGGAUUGCUGUGGUUGUGAUCCCCUUCCUGUACGUGGGAACUCUGAUCAGCAAGAACUUUGCUGCGCUGCUGGAAGAGCAUGACAUCUUCGUCCCUGAGGAUGAUGACGAUGAUGAUUGAAUGAGCGUAAUGUGUUGCCUCUCAGACAAUGGGAAGACUUGUGACAGCUGAAAAGACUUGAGGAUCUGAAACUCAACAAAGCCUUUCUGGUGCUUCUCUCCCCAUCCAUUGUGAUGUGUGCCUGCCUGGAUACAGAGCUGUUUUAGAGAAGUGAUAGGACUAAUUGCUCCCUAGUGAUAACGUUUACAUGUACAGAUAAGUCUUACUAAAUAAAAUAAAUCGAUGUGCAAGAGGAAACCCUUGGAUCAGUUGAAGUUGCUUUUGAUUUAGCCAGUGAUAUCUACAUUUCUGGAAAUAUUUGUUCUGUUUUCAAUCAUUCUGGGUAUAUUGAAUUAUUUGGGAAGGCCUUAAUCAGGUGACAGGCCUGCAUAGGUGUCCCUAUUUAUUUGGUUUCUGAUAUAGGUUAAGUCGAACCUUUGGUGCUUUUUAUUCCAACCAGUUACAUUUGUUUUUGAUGAACUGAUCUAAUAAAGUCAACCUUUUUGUAAUGUC